AUCAAUCCAUAGCCGCUGUUAUUUUCGUUUUUGCGUUCGUAGCGCAACAAGCUUGGCCUCGCACCAAUCAUGACUGCGUUUGAAGAGAUGGGCGUUCUGCCCGAGAUCGCGCGAGCAGUGGACGACAUGGAAUGGACGCUCCCAACUGACGUGCAAGCUGAAGCUGUGCCACUCAUUCUCGGAGGCGGCGACGUUCUCAUGGCCGCCGAGACCGGUAGCGGCAAGACCGGUGCCUUCUGUUUGCCGAUCUUGCAAAUUGUAUGGGAGACACUAAAGGACGACGAGCUUGGAAAAGGCAAGAAAGCCGGCGCAGGAGCCAAACCAAGCAGUGCAUCUACAAAAUGGGCCAUGAGUUUCUUCGACCGUGGAUCUGCGCUCGCUGUCAGCCCCGACGGUCUGACCACUCAGAGCAGGGACCAGAAAGGCUGGCACGGAUGCCGUUGCACCAAGGGAGUCCAGUACAGAGGAAAGUACUACUACGAAGCGAAGGUCACCGAUGAAGGUCUCUGUCGUGUCGGGUGGUCUACGCAAGCCGCAGCUCUUGAUCUUGGAACUGACAAGCAAGGGUUUGGCUUUGGUGGCACGGGAAAGAAGUCGUUUGGAAAGCAGUUUGACUCAUAUGGGGAGCCCUUUGGAAUGCACGAUGUGAUUGGCUGCUACCUUGACCUGGAUAAUGGCAGCAUCAAGUUUUCCAAGAAUGGUACAGUCUUUGAGGAAGCCUUCCAGAUACCACAAAACGUGAAGCGGUGCCCCAUGUUUCCCGCUGUUGUGCUCAAGAACGCCGAGAUGGAGUUCAACUUCGGUGCAACACCUUUCAAGCAUCCACCUAUCGACGGCUAUGUGGCAGUUUCGGCUGCACCGAAGGAGUGCGUCGCCGAGUCCACAGUCACGGGAACUUCUGUUGGCGCUCCCAAGAGUGUCAAAAAUGCUCCCCAGGCAAUAAUCAUCGAGCCCUCCAGAGAGCUGGCCGAACAGACGCUGAAGUGCAUAACAAGUUUUAAGAAGCACCUCAAGGAUCCAGUCGUUAGGGAGCUGCUCGUCAUCGGAGGGGUUGCCGCAAAGGAGCAGAUCGAGACGCUGAGGAACGGGGUUGAUAUUGUGGUCGGAACACCUGGUCGUCUGGAAGAUCUCAUCAGUACAGGGGAACUCAGCCUCACGCAGGUGCGAUUCUUCGUGCUUGACGAAGCGGAUGGCCUGCUGAACCAAGGCAACAACGACCUGAUCAACCGCAUACACCGGCAGAUACCGCAGAUUACGGCAGAGGGAAGGCGUCUGCAGAUGGUGGUGUGUUCGGCAACCCUCCAUUCUUUCGAGGUCAAGAAACUUGCAGAGCGCCUGAUGCACUUUCCAACCUGGGUGGAUCUGAAAGGCGAGGACAGUGUUCCGGAAACGGUACACCAUGUGGUGUGCAUGGUAGACCCAAGAAAAGACACCUCUUGGAUGAACGUGACAAGACAUGUCGUGACAGACCAAGUCCACGAGCGGGACAACGUCAGACCCGGUGCCAACACCCCCGAGACCCUGUCGGAGGCCGUGAAGAUCCUGAAGGGCGAGUACACGGUGCGUGCCAUCCAGCAGCAGAACAUGGACCAGGGCAUUAUCUUCUGCCGCACCAAGCUGGACUGCGACAACCUCGAGAACUACCUCAACCAUCUCGGCAAAGGAUCCCGAAACAAGGACAACCCGUUCUCAUGCGUUUGCCUCCAUGGUGACCGGAAACCCCAGGAGAGAAAGGCCAAUCUGGAAACAUUCAAGAGGGGCGGUGUCAAGUUCCUUAUCUGUACGGACGUUGCCGCUCGUGGUAUCGACAUCACGGGCGUCCCAUUCGUGAUCAACGUUACCCUGCCAGACGAGAAGUCAAACUACGUCCACCGUAUCGGUAGGGUUGGACGAGCAGAAAGGAUGGGUUUGGCUAUUUCACUUGUUGCAGCUGUUCCCGAGAAGGUGUGGUACCACUCCAACUGUUCGAGCAAGGGCCGCAACUGCUUCAACACGAACUUGACGGACCGCGGCGGCUGCUGCAUCUGGUACAAUGAGCCGCAGUACCUGGCAGACAUUGAAGACCACCUGAACGUCACCAUUCAGCAGGUGGAACCCGACCUUAAGAUCCCUGCCGACGAGUUUGACGGAAAGGUUGUGUAUGGCCAGAAGCGCCGGGAAAUGGGGAGCAACUACGCCACGCACACUGCGCAGAUGGCCCCAGCCGUCCAGGAGCUGGCUCAGCUGGAAAAGAAGUCACAGUCCAUAUUUAUCCAGCGUUAUUACUUGAAAGACCAGUCAUUUCUCAGAUAGGAACAGAACCCUUAAGGCUUCUCCUGUGGAACAACACCAUGAUACCGGCUCAGCGUAUUUCUUUUUUUUUCCAUUGCUUGUAUGUUUGUUGUCAAAUAAAUUAACUAGCCUCGCAGCA